CAGAUGAUGGUGGGCGUAGGGUCCCUGCUUCUGCUCUGGGGCCUGGCCACUCCAUGCCAGGGGCUUCUUGAGACGGUUGGCACACUCGCUCGGAUUGACAAGGAUGAACUGGGCAAAGCCAUCCAGAACUCGCUGGUCGGAGGACCCAUUCUGCAGAAUGUGCUGGGGACUGUCACAUCUGUGAACCAGGGCCUCUUGGGCUCAGGAGGGCUGCUUGGAGGAGGUGGCCUGCUGAGCUAUGGAGGGGUUUUUGGAGUCGUGCAAGAGCUCUCGGGGCUGAAGAUUGAGGAACUUAUGCUGCCCAAGGUAUCACUGAAGCUGCUGCCGGGAUUCGGGGUACAGUUGAACCUCCACACCAAGGUGGGCCUGCAUGGCUCUGGCCCCCUGGGGGGCCUCCUGGAGCUGGAAGUGGAAGUGAACGUGUCAUCUCGGGUGGGGCUGGGCGUGAGCUCGCGGGGCACGCCCACCCUGGUCCUCAAGCGCUGCAGCACGCUCCUGGGCCACAUCAGCCUGUUGUCGGGUCCCCCUGAAAUGGUGACCUGGGGUCUGAACUCAUCCCAGCCAUUCGUUGGCCCAGCCGGGUUCUACCCGCUGCACAGUGCUUCCCGGACUGGUGAGUGUGGGGGCCAGGCACGCCCCACCCCAGCUCUGCUGUGCCCCGUGGUGGACAGCGUGCUGGGCGUGGUGAAUGAACUCCUGGGGGCCGUGCUGUGCCUGGUGCCCAUGGGGGCUCUCGGAUCUGUGGAAUUCACCCUGGCCACACUGCCUCUCAUCUCUAACCAGUACAUUGAGCUGGACAUCAACCCCAUUGUGAAGAGUGUAGCUGGCGACAUCAUCGACUUCCCCAAGCCCCCCAUGCCGGUCAAGGUGCCCCCCAAGCAGGACCACACAUCCCAGGUGACAGUGCCACUGUACCUCUUCAACACCGUGUUUGGGCUCCUGCAGACCACCGGCGCCCUCGAUAUAGACAUCACCCCUGACCUGGUUCCAAGCAAUGUCCCGCUGACAACGACAGGCCUGGCAGCUCUGGUCCCUGAGGCCCUGGGGAAGUUGCCCCCAGACCAGCACCUCCUGCUGUCACUGAGGGUGAAGGAGGCACCCACGAUCACGCUCCAGAGCAAGAAGGCCACCAUCUCCAUCCUGGCCAACAUCCAUGUGCUAUCCUACAACCCUCAAGGGACUUCUGAAGCCCUCUUUGACCUGAGUGGGGCUAUGACUCUGAAUGCCCACCUGGCUCCCUCGGCCACCAAGCUGCACAUCACCCUGUCCCUGGAACGGCUCAGUGUCAAGCUGGCCUCCUCCUUCACCCACGCCUUUGAUGCGUCCCGGUUAGAAGACUGGCUCAGCGACGUGGUCCGGGCAGCGUAUGUGCCGAAGGUCAAUGUGGACCUGAAUGUUGGAAUUCCCCUGCCCAAGAUUCUCAACGUCAAUUUUGCCAAUUCAGUUCUGGAAAUCAUAGAGAAUGCCGUUGUGUUGACCGUGGCUUCCUGAGCCUGAGAGAUGGCUGCCAUUGCUCCCUGUUGACCUGGAGUCCUGCCCACCUGCCCACUCUGCCUCAGUUUCCCUUCGGUCUUUAGCCUGUGUUAGUGACAGUAUCUGCCUGGGUCCACCUGUGCCCUCUGGGCCUGUCUCUCUGUCCCCGCUCUGAGUAGGAAUUGCUGGGCUAGACACAGGACUGCUUUGGA